GCGGGGUUGCGGGUUCGGAAAUGGCCUCAGCUGGAGGAGGCGACUGCGCGGCCUCCGAGUCGGAGGCGGACCGCCCUCACCACCGGCCCUUCCUGAUCGGGGUGAGCGGCGGCACCGCGAGCGGGAAGUCAACUGUGUGUGAGAAGAUCAUGGAGUUGCUGGGGCAGAACGAAGUCGACCACCGGCAGCGGAAGCUGGUCAUCUUAAGCCAGGACAGGUUCUAUAAGGUCCUGACGGCUGAACAGAAGGCGAAGGCCUUGAAGGGACAGUACAAUUUCGACCACCCAGAUGCUUUUGAUAAUGACUUGAUGCACAGGACUCUGAAGAACAUCGUGGAGGGCAAAACUGUUGAGGUGCCCACCUAUGAUUUUGUGACCCAUUCCAGGCUGCUGGAGACUACGGUGGUCUACCCUGCAGACGUGGUCCUCUUUGAGGGCAUCUUGGUCUUCUACAGCCAGGAGAUCCGGGACAUGUUCCACUUGCGCCUCUUUGUGGACACCGACUCUGAUGUCAGACUGUCACGAAGAGUUCUCCGAGACGUGCACCGCGGGAGGGACCUGGAGCAGAUUCUAACCCAGUACACCACUUUCGUCAAGCCCGCCUUUGAGGAGUUCUGCCUGCCGACAAAGAAGUAUGCGGACGUGAUCAUCCCCCGAGGGGUUGACAAUAUGGUUGCCAUCAACCUGAUUGUGCAGCACAUCCAGGACAUUCUCAACGGUGACAUCUGCAAGUGGCACCGAGGGGGGGCCAAUGGGCGGAGCUACAAGAGGACAUUUUCUGAGCCUGGAGACCAUCCUGGUGUGCUGACUUCCAGCAAACGGUCUCACCUGGAGUCCAGCAGCAGACCCCACUAAGCAGCCAGCACCCCGCUCCCUCAGCCUCCUGGGCAGGCCUGAGCAGCUGGGCCUGGUGAUGCCUGCCC